AUGACCGGUUCAAGAGCGAGCGCCCAGUUAAUUCUCGCCAGACAGUUCAAGGAAAUCUCACACAACUCAACCAACAUGUUCUCUGCUGGUUUAAUUGAUAACGAUGUCUUUAAAUGGAGAGUUACAGUAUUUGGUCCGGCAGGAACACCAUAUGAAGGAGGCUAUUACCCAGCAGUACUCAAUUUUCCAGAUGACUAUCCAAAUAAUCCACCUACAAUGAAAUUCAUUUGCCCCAUGUUCCAUCCAAAUAUCAAAAACACAGGCGAAGUUUGCAUUUCCAUUCUUCACCCACCGGGCAAAGAUCAAUACGAAUACGAAGACAAAUCAGAGAGAUGGCUCCCAAUUCAUACUGUUGAAUCCAUUAUUAUCUCUGUUCUAUCCAUGCUUUCAGAUCCAAAUCCAGAAUCGCCAAUGAAUAUAGAGGCUGCAAAGAUAUACAAGAAUGAUAUCGAUGAAUAUAAGAAGCGCGUUAGAAAGACCGCCGAAGAUUCUCUACAGUAUUGUGCUCAAUAG